AGCCUCUCUCUGGGCCCCUCCGUGCUGCAUCAUCCCGCCUCCCGCCCUCUGCCCGCGUCCCCGCCCGGGCACCGUGCGCGCCGGCAGCCGCCGCCCGCCUUCCCUGGCUUGUCGCCGCUGCGCCACCCGCAGCACGUCUCCCUUGGCCGCUCCGGGGCCGCUCGGCGGGGCUGAAUCAACCAGCCGGGCGCGGCCCGCCCGCGCGCCUGCUUUCCCUCCUCUUCUCCCUCCCCCUUUCCUUCCCCUCCCUCCCCGUCCCUUCCUCUCUCCGCCUGGUGCCGCCACCGCCGAGGAGGAGGAACAUGGCGAAAGCGGAGCAGGUCCUCAGCCUCGAACCGCAGCACGAGCUCAAAUUCAAAGGUCCUUUCACAGAUGUUGUCACUACAAACCUGAAACUCGGCAAUCCUACAGACAGAAAUGUGUGCUUCAAAGUUAAGACCACGGCACCGCGUAGAUACUGUGUAAGGCCUAACAGUGGAAUUAUUGAUGCAGGAACAUCAAUCAAUGUUUCUGUGAUGCUACAGCCUUUUGACUAUGACCCUAACGAGAAAAGUAAACACAAGUUUAUGGUUCAGUCUAUGUUUGCUCCAGCUGAUACUUCAGACAUGGAAGCAGUAUGGAAAGAAGCAAAACCGGAAGAACUCAUGGAUUCGAAACUUAGGUGUGUGUUUGAGCUACCAACGGAAAACGACAAGCCUCAUGACAUAGAAAUAAAUAAAAUUGUAUCCACAACUGCAACAAAGACAGAUUCCUCUGUAAUGUCUAAAUCAAUAAGUUCUUCUUUGGAUGACACUGAAGUUAAGAAAGUAAUGGAAGACUAUAAGAGGCUUCAAGUAGAAGUUCAGAGGUUACGGGAGGAGAAUAAACAGUUUAAGGAAGAAGAUGGACUGCGGAUGAGGAAGGCACCUCAGACAAACAACCCAAUAUCUGCUUCUGCAGCUGCUGUCAAGGACGAAGGGUUCAGCUCCAGACUACUUGCUUUGGUGGUUUUGUUCUUUGUCUUUGGUGUAAUUAUAGGAAAAAUAGCCUUGUAGAGGCAGCAUGCUGGAAAUUGUAAAUUGGUUUGAUGGUUCUGCCAUAUCAUUGGAUUAAAUUUAUUCAUAACAAUGUUUAAAAAAAAAAUUAAUGUAUGACAUCUCACAGGUCUUGCCUUUAAAUUACCCCUGCACAAAUACUAUGUAACGUAAUCUAGAAAGUUGAAAAUGUACAGUGAGUGGAUGAAUGAAAGAGAAUAUGCUUCAGUGAUGAAGGGGGGAGAAAAUCACGAUUUAACACUACAAUGGAAUAUUGUAUAUGUCGUUUUAAACAUUCUUAGACCCUGGUACAUGUUGCUGGAUGACCUCUUUCUAAAAAAAGGAAAAAAAAAAAAAAAAGAAAAAAAAAAAAGGAAAAAUAGAAAAACUCUUCCUCCACUGCUGGAGCUGGCCCUAUUGGAUGUUUGGAGCUGGGUUAGGCAGGAGGUGUUGAUAAACUUCUGUAAAAUACAUUAAUCCACCAUUCUGCUCAUAAAUUUAACAGUUUCUGUCAGUGUCUUCAACUCUGUGCAAGUUACCAAUUUCUUGGCACUUAAAUGAAUCGUGAGAAACUGAAAAGAAUUGUAUGUGGCAAUGCUGAAUGUGCUAGACAUCAUUAAGAGGCAUAUAUUGACUGGUAUGACGCUCAUUUGGAAUAAAGGUCAAUGCCUUGUUCUCAUAAAGGGACCAAGCUACAUUGCUGUUGGUUCAUUUAGUUGAAUGAAAAUGUUAUUCAGAGAUGUUUAAUGCAUAUUUAACUUAUUUAAUGUAUUUCAUCUCAUGUUUCCUUAUUGUCACAAAAUUGACUAAUACUAUAUGGUAUGAAAAGGCACCUGUUUAAAGCCAGUGACUAGAACUAAAAAUUUGCUGCUGUAGUGAUGCGAGAUUCUUCUGCCUCCUGGUGUUUUGGGCACUACACCAUUGUUGGGAGUUUUGAUUAUCUGAGCAUUGGAGAAACAGUGGUCAGGAAACUGGUUUUGUAUGUAAAUAAGUCUAGGGGAAAAAAAAUAUUAGUAGUAAACUAGUCCUACGCCGUAAAAGACCAAUCCUGUUUGACUAUGUAGCAUCUUAAAAAA